CUAAACAACAAUUGGAUAAAGUACAUAGAUGUUCGGUCUUUUCACAAAAACCCAUAGAGAAAAAACAGAGUCCUCUGCUUCGUCAAUUUCAAUGGAGAAGAAGAAGAAUGGUGUGCGAGUGAUUCUCUUCCCGUUGCCAUUACAAGGCUGCAUAAACCCUAUGCUUCAGCUUGCCAACAUCCUUCACUCAAGAGGUUUCUCCAUCACUGUCAUCCACACGCGCUUCAACGCCCCAAGAGCUUCAACCCAUCCUCUCUUCACCUUCUUAGAGAUACCAGACGGCUUGUCUGAAUCUCAGAUCAACGACGAGCCUACUUCUAAUGUUAUGUCUCUCCUCGCGCAUAUCAACGUCAACGCUGAGUCCCCGUUUCGUGAAUGCUUGCAGAAGCUGUUGCUUCAAGAAUCGGAGAGGGUUAGCUGUUUGAUCGAUGAUUGUGGAUGGCUCUUCACACAAUCAGUUGCAGAGAGUUUGAAUCUUCCGAGGCUUGUUCUCUCUACUUUCAAAGCUACUUUGUUGAAUGCUUAUCCUAUUCUCCCGCGUAUCCGAACCAAAGGCUAUCUUCCAGUUUCAGAUUCGGGAGCAGAGGACCCUGUUCUUGAGUUCCCUCCGCUUUUAAAGAGAGAUCUUCCAAGGAUUUUCGGAGAAUACGGAGAGAAACUCGAUCCAUUCUUAGAUACUGUCGUCGACACAACGAUGAGAUCUUCAGGUCUAAUAUUCAUGUCCUGCGAGGAGCUGGAGAAACAUUCGUUGACUCUCUCCAACGAAAUCUUCAAGGUUCCCGUCUUUGCGAUUGGUCCGUUUCACAGCUACUUCUCCGCUUCGUCUAGUAGCCUUUUCAGACAAGACGAGACUUGCAUUCAUUGGUUAGAUAAUCAAGAAGAUAAAUCCGUUAUCUACGUGAGUCUAGGAAGCGUUGUGAACAUAACGGAAUCAGAGUUUUUGGAGAUUGCGUGGGGUUUAAGCAAUAGCAAACAGCCUUUCUUGUGGGUGGUACGACCCGGUUUGGUCUUAGGCGCACAGUGGAUCGAGUUACUCACCGAAGAGCUCGUGAGGAGCCUUGAGGAGAAAGGGAAGAUAGUGAAGUGGUCUCCACAACAGGAGGUUCUUGCGCACCGAGCCGUUGGUGGGUUCUUGACACACAAUGGUUGGAACUCGACGCUAGAGAGUAUAUGCGAAGGGGUUCCUAUGAUCUGUUUACCUGGAGGUUGGGAUCAAAUGCUGAACGCAAGAUUUGUGAGCGAUGUUUGGAGGGUUGGUAUUCAUUUGGAGGGUCAGAUAGAGAGGAAGGAGAUAGAGAAAGCUGUGAGGAUGUUAAUGGUUGAAAGUGAAGGAGAAAUGAUUCGUGAGAGGAUGAAUGUUUUGAAAGAUGAGCUUGGGAGAUCGGUUAAAGAAGGUGGCUCAUCUUUUAGGUCUAUAGAAACCCUAACGAAUCAUAUACUAUCGUUGUAAUAAUGGGAAUAUUUAGCAAAAAAAAAAAACACCUAAACGUUCCUCUAAAAUGCAAAAUAUAUUCUCAAUAUUGUUUUGAUUGUGGAAUAACCUAUUUAUGUCAAAACAUUUUAUUUAAGAUGUAACAAAAGCUAUAUACUGCAAGUGAUGUAAUCGAAAAAUUUCAAUAAACUUGU